CGGACAAUGAACCAAGUAAAUAUUUUGAUUUAGCUGUGUUCGCCAGUAAAGUGUGCUAUAGGUGUCGGUAUGUAGAUUAAGGUGAAGAAAAUACAACGCUGGCGUUUGCGACGGCUGCAGCGACAGCGGUGUAAUGACUACGUCUUCGUGACAGUGUAACCGCUGCAAUGGAACAAAAUGCGAAAUUUAUCACUGUUUAUUUGUGUACUGAUAAAGUUCUACAGAUUGACAUAACAGCUUCACCAACAGCAGAAGACGCUUGCGUAGAAAUAUGUAAACAGAUUGGAGUAGGCCCCGUUGCUAGGUAUCUUUUUGCUCUGAAGCUUCGGGACACCAAAUUUUUCUGCCCUGAUUAUAGGACUUUGUGUGAAAAUGAACAGUACGAGUUUCGUAUUAGAUUUAAAGUACCUAGUCUUUCACGAUUAAGGAAGGUUGACAUUAAAGCCUAUGACUAUUACUUCAAUCAAGCCCGACAAGAUGUGAUGAACAAUAAAAUUCCAGACAUCAGCUACGACAAGUACAAAUGGGAACUUGUUGGCUUAGGUGUAGCUGAUAUGUACAGGGUGAUGCUUGAGACAGGUGUAGAUAGAGACAAUGUAGAAAGUGAUUACAAGAAAUAUAUACCCAAAGAAGUGGUUAAGCAUCAUAUGUUUUUUAUUAAAAGACCAAUACAUGAAUCUUUAUGUCAAAUUAGUAAUGGUAGUAGCAAACAUGAUGCAUGGUAUGUGAAAGGUGAAUAUCUAAAACAGUUUGAGGAAAUGGCCCCCAAUUACUUGACUGAAGAGUACAAGGCGUUAAUGGAUGAGGGUGGCUCUAUUGUCGCAGUGUGGAUGAAAAUAAACCCAUUCCACAAAGAAAUGCCUGGAAUUUCAUUCCGGUAUGAUGGAAAGAAACAGUGGUCACAUCUCUGUGCAAUAGAUGAUCUUUGUUUUAUAUCAGUCAGAAGUGAUCGUACAAUAGAAAUAUCAAGAAAAACAGGAAUACCUUCAUACUUAAAAUUUCAGUCCACUCCUAUGUUACUUUCAUUUGUAAGCCUCCUGGAUGGUUAUUAUCGAUUGAUGGUGAAAUGGACUUUCAACUUGUGUAAAGAUGUUCCAACACCAUCACUGAAAAGGCUGUACAUGCUGAAGUGCCAUGGUCCUGUUGGAGGAGAAUUUUCGUAUGCGAAGUUACAAGAAAAGAGGAACAACAAAGCUGGUUGCUUUAUUUUGAGAGAAAGUGAAACCAAGUAUAAUGUCUACUAUUUGGAUGUCUGCACAACAGAAAGCUUGAAACCGAAAACAUACAAAAUUGAGAAACUGGGAAAUGAACGAUAUUAUUUCAGUAAAGACGAGAAAGAAUAUAAAUCUAUACCUCAACUUGUUGCUGCUUACCGAUCAACUUCUGAGGGCUUAUGUCUUCUGGAAUGUAUUCCUCCAUCAGAAUAUGACAAGUCUCAGUUACUACUGUGCAAAUUGGAUUAUAUGACUGUGGAAGAUUUAUCUGGGGUAAACUUGGAAGAAGAACUGAAGUCAAGUCCACCACAGUGCAUUGACGUGAAGACCCUUCAAGUUUACAAAAAUCAGAAGAAAGAAGGCAGGAGUGGAAUCUGUAUUGUAUAUAGAACUAUAUGGAAAGUAUCGAAAGGAAAGAAGAUUGAAGUUGCAAUGAAGAUUCUGAAGCAGGAAUCACGUGACAAGUAUAUAAAGUCAUUCAUGGAACUCGCUGGGCAGUGGGCAUUCCUCCAUUCAAAUGCAAUUGUCAGACUGUAUGGUGUUACAAUGAGCAGCCCACUUGCCAUGGUAAUGGAGUACCUGCCUGCUGGACCAUUGGAUGCCUACUUGAGAGAACAUAAGGCAGAUAUGAAACAAGUUGACUUAGUGGAAGCUGGUUCCUAUCUUGCCACUGCCUUGUGGUAUCUGGAAGAGCGUGGAGUAGCUCAUGGAAAUAUUAGAUGCUGGAAGCUUCUAGUUCACACUCACAAUGAAAAUACAUUUUUGGUGAAACUGGCAGAUCCUGGACUCUUUGAAUACUCAUCAUCUGAUAUUCACUGGAUUGCUCCAGAGUAUUUUACAAAUGUUGAAAUGGCAAGAUCAUCUGUUCCUGCUGAUGUCUGGGCAUUCAGUACAACACUCUGGCAGAUUUUUGCUUAUGGAGAGCAUCCUCCAGAAUCAAGCAAUGUUGACAUGAUUAAGAAGCUCUACUCUUCUGGUAAGAUAUUACCUAAACCACAGUUGUGCCCAGAUGCAAUUUAUAACUUGAUGUCAGACUGCUGGGAUCUAGAUCCAUACAGAAGAAAGAAACCACAGGCUAUAAUGAGAGACAUUAAUCAGAUAUUGUAUGAAGUUUUCAACUCAAGAAGAGCUCAUUCCUAUGCAUCACCAUUUCCAAAACUUUUUAAGCCAUUUACAAAGGAUUAUAGCACUUCAAAGCUUAGUAUUUCAUCCAUGGGAACAGAAAUGACAGAUCUUGAUUAUCCGAGAGUCAAUGGGACUCUGGAUGGAGAUAAUGUGUCAAUAGGUGGUCUUUCAACACGAUAUAGUGGAGGCAGUAGCUUGGAAGGUGCGUGGUUACUAGACAGAGAAUCAAAGGACCAGUAUUCGGAAGAGGAGCUACUGACACCGGACAUAUCAUCUAUAUUAACAAAUUUCAACUUCCAACAAGAUAAUGCCUCUGUUGAUAGUGUUACCACAAUGCAAGCUAUAUUUGAACUGGAUGAAGACUACAAUGUUGUUUUACAAGGUAGAAUUGGACAGGGCUUUUAUGGAGAAGUAUACAAAGGUUCAAUGGAACGGGGUGGUGAUAUUGAGCCACAGUUAGUUGCAAUAAAAAAACUGAAAACGAGUGCCCUUGCCACAAGCAUGCAAGAUUUCGAGCGUGAGAUAGCUAUUAUGAAGACUGUGAAACACCCAAAUAUUGUUGAAAUAAAAGGAGUUAUUGAAGAACCUGAAAUUAGUCUUGUGAUGGAAUACGUUCAACAUGGAUCACUCCAAAGCUACCUCAAGAUACAUAAAGAAUCCCUAGAGGAUGGAAAUCUUUUAAAAUUUGCACUAGAUGUUGCAAAAGGUAUGGAUUACCUUGGAACAAAGAAUAUAGUUCAUCGUGAUUUAGCAGCAAGAAACAUCCUUGUCGCUAAUGAACACCACGUCAAAAUAUCUGACUUUGGUCUUGCUCAAUUUAUAGGCAACAGUGGAUACUACAAGAUGAAAACAAGCAGGGACCUUCCCAUCAAAUGGUAUGCACCUGAAAGUCUGAGAGAUGGGAAGUUUUCUCCUCAAUCAGAUGUUUGGUCAUAUGGAGUGACAUUAUAUGAAAUGUUUUCCCGUGGAGAAGAUCCUAUUCUGCCAGCUUGUAUCAACCAUCAAGAUCAACAGGCUCUGCUGACAGCACUUGAGAAUGGUGCACGCCUGCCGUGCCCAUGCAGCUGUCCACAAGAACUUUAUAUUAAGCUCAUGUGUCCGUGUUGGCAGGCUGAACCAUACCAUCGUCCAAAAUUUUCAGAACUUGUUAAAUGCAUUGAGGAUUUGAUGAUUCAUUACGAGUUGCAACCAGCAUUCUAGUCAGUUUUCAAAUUUUUAUACUGUGAUACAUUUGUUGAAAUUGGUGCAUAUUUUUCUGUGGUGCUGCAUUUAAAUAUUUUGUUCUUUGUGUGCAAAAUUAUGUACUGCUGUGCAGGAGAAGUGGCACAAACAUAUGAUUUUUUGUACAGUUUUGUUUUUUAUACCAUCAAUAUUGUUGCUCUUAUAAAUAUAUUGUGUUGCUCAUAUUGCUUUUUGAUAUAGUGUAUUCUUCAUAUAUGUAAAAACAAAGAUGAGGUGACUUACCGAACAAAAGCGCUGGCAGGUCGAUAGACACACAAACAAACACAAACAUACACACAAAAUUCAAGCUUUCGCAACAA